GUUCGAGACCUUGGGGCCAUGAUGGGUCCGCAGAUAGCGCUUGAGAACAGCUUCACAGGCUACUACACACUACUUCUGGAGUGCAUGUGCUCCCGGACAGCAGUCCCAGGACGUUGGGAGAGCCUCACCUAUGCUCGGCAGACUGCGCGGAAUGCGCUGCUCAUGGCAUGCAACUUCAUAGAGAGAGUGGCUCGGUUCCCUGAUGGCGUUCCCUGGGAGCCACAGUGCACAACAGAAGCAACAUGCGAGCAUUUCUUCGGAAGGAUGAAGAGUGCAGUAGGUACUCAAGCUCCCAGCCUGAAAGCUUGCCUGUUUGCUGUUCAGCGGAUGCAUUUUCUGGAAAAGCAGAAGGGCCUGCCAGCGGAGUCCCAACGAACAUGGUCCGGCAGCUCUCUAUCUGCAAACAUGGUGGUCGGCAUCGCCAAGCAAGCACGAAUUGCAGCAUGCACGCUGUUCGCUGUCUUGUCUGUGAACGACACCCCGCAGCGUGUGUCGGAUUCCCUUAAAAAAUGGUGGGAGGAGGAUGGGCGCUCCUUGCUGCUCUCCUCUACCGCCGGAUGUCCGGAGGCCGACUCGGAAACCGAGGACGAACAGCCAGUGGCAGACGAGCACGCAACAGAAGGCGAGCGUGUGCAGCAAGGCCUGCGCAUCCUAGAACGGGAAGCUACGUUGCGGCAGCGCUUGGAAGAGACACAGUCAGGCGUGACCGCUGGACUUGCGUUGUCGCAGGAGGGCCCGGAAGCUGAGCAGCAGCCUGAAGCGGAGCCAGCAGCGGAGUCGCGAAAGGCUGCUCCUCGCACGCUGUGGCAGAUUCUGUACGCUUGCGAGUUCCAGGACUAUCAGCCGGCAGAGGGCGACAAUCCAAUCAAGGCAGUUGCUCGUGCACAGCGGCUGCAACCACUCAUGGCAGAUAUCGUAGCGGAGGCCCGCAUUGCAGAGAAGUUCCUCUCCGAGGCGCAGGUGCGUGGAAAGGGCGGUCGUACUACCCAGCGGCCCCAUCAGGAACGUGAGGCACAGCUUGCCGCAGCUAGACGUGAGUGGCAGCUUGUGGGGAACAGGCAGUCGCGUCUGGAGGCUUGGUGUCAGUACUCCAAGUUGGUGGCAGAGAACGUGGAGGAGCUCAGUGGCUGCAAAACAGCACCGCUGGACGAAGUCCGACCCAGCUUUGCAACAGGUGCUGACGGGAAGCGCAACUACCAGUUCCUUGCUCUGCGAGAACAUGCCUGUGGUCCAGUGCUGCUGGCGCUUGUGGAAGAAGUCUUCCGAGUCAGAGCAAGAAAAAAACAGACGACGAAGACUGCCACAGCGGCGUUUCCAGGCCCGAUCCCGUCGGAUUCCUGUGGUGGCUUGCAGGUGCGACUUUUCGAUUAUCAACAGAAGCGGCGCUUCAUCACGACAGCUUUGCACAAGAGACUAUCCAUCGAGCCACACUCUGUUGCGAAAGAUUCACCGCAGAUCCUCUACCAGAUCUCACCGAGUGAUAUCGAGAUCCAAGAGCAUUGCACACACCUGGAGGUGAAGUUAACCCAGCAGGGCGUGGAGGCUCUGAGGGCGGCUGUGGGGUUGGAUAUGAAGGUUGACGUCGCGGUCGCGGGCAUUGCUAAGAGUGCACCCAACAAUGUCUACGGCUACACGUCCUUCACCAACAACGCCCAGGGACACAAGGUCAUGAAAGACUACAUGAUGGAGAUGGCCGCUAUGUACCAGAAGGUCGCUGGAAGCCAGCUAUGGGAUGCAGAUGGGAUGGUCAAGCUGCGAAGCGCAACUGCUGCUGGUGCACAGAAGGUCCUGUGGCUGGAGUUGGUGGAGAGAUGCCCGGGGUACUUCCACACAAAGUUCACCACGAAAGAUCUGAGCGGCAAGCAACCUGUGGCAGCGAAGGACUUCGCUCGAUCAGUUUUUCAGGAAUACCUUGAGUGCGCACCCAGCGUGACUCGUGGUGUCGGGCCUUUUCUGGCUUUUCUUCGGCGUGUCGAUGACAUGUCGCCGAAGCUGCUUCCAACAGCGUGA